AUGGCACACUGGCAUCCAAUGGGAGCAGCUGGGCAUUUUCGAACCACUGUCCUCAAUGGCUGUCCUCAAUACGUAGAUUUUCCGCAAGAGCACAAAAAGGCGAGUCCUAUGUCUUCUCCUCUGUCUUCCUUUUUGCCCAAACCACAUCACAUCUUCCCAUACCACUCUUCCGUCAACACAAAGCAUACGCGGUUGAAUCCCAACCACUCCGCGCGUGCACUGAACUGCUUUCUUCACACUCCAGUUUACUCGACGCCACUAUCUACCGGCAUCAUGAAGAGGUCGGCCAGACAGCAAAAGGCAGCAGACCAGACCCGCAAGAAGAUUGAAGAGCGCAAUCGGAAGAAAGAUCAAGAAGAGCGGAGAGCUAGGAGAGCCGCUGCUGUCACCGCCACUGCCGCCGCCGCCGCCGCCGCCGCUUCUCCUGAGUCUCAACGAAUUUUAUCGUCGACUCCUCCGCCGCCCACCACAACGACUCAACCACCACCAUCGACCCCCGAUGGAUCACGUUCGGAGCCAUGGCUGAGAUCGUCUCCAGAGACGCCGGCGUCUCACUCUGCGGGAAGCCUGUCUCAGUCUUCCUCAGAGAGUGUCAAAGGUCCCUUGACGCCGCCAACGGAUCACACCAUGCCGAGUGGCUCGUGCUCCGCCCAGAGCUUGUCGACAUCUCCCUCUCCAGCAUCGACAACCAUGGGAAUCGGGGGCACUCCAGCUGCACAACCAUCGCCGAGCGAAGAGGGGGAGGCCGCGUCUAACGCCUUCUUAGCGAAGCAAAUGCAGAAUCGCCCCGAAGUUUUUGUCGAAGCCGCUCAGGCCAAAAAGAUGAAAAAGACCCAGAAGCAACGGCAGCUGAGGGCUGCUCUUCCAGACUUGCGAAACGCUCUGCCAAGUCUAGAAAUGAAGCAUCAGAUUGAAGAACGCGCCAAGAUCAAGAAGCAGCAGAAGAAGGAGAAGAAGGAUGAAGAGCGUAGGAGGGCCGAGCGGGAGAGGGUCAUUGCGCAGAUGGCUGAGAAUGGCACUAUCGACCUGGAUGAAAUUGCGAGGGAACAGAGAGACGCGACAAAGGAAGCGAUGGUCGGGCAGGAAAUUGUUAAUGUCAACUGA